CAAUUAGGCGAGUGCCUAGGGAGAGGAGCGUUUGGCUCCGUCUACAAAGCUUUAAACUUGGAAACUGGUGAAGUCGUAGCUGCAAAACAAGUGAAGCUCAGUAAUAUUCCAAAAUCAGAACUAACUUUCAUAAUGACUGAGAUCGAGUUGUUGAAAAAUCUAAAUCAUGCGAACAUCGUAAAGUACAAGGGUUUCUUCAAAUCAAAGGACUAUCUGUAUAUAAUCUUGGAGUUUUGCGAAAAUGGGUCUUUGCAUAAUAUUUGUAAAAAAUUUGGAAAGUUUCCUGAAAAUCUUGUGGCAGUAUACAUCAGCCAGGUUUUAGAAGGAUUGCUUUAUCUUCACGAUCAAGGAGUCAUACACCGAGAUAUCAAAGGAGCAAAUAUUUUAACAACCAAAGAAGGUCUAGUGAAAUUGGCAGAUUUUGGUGUUGCAACGAAAGCCACUUCAUUGGGUGACUUUACUGUGGUUGGUUCACCUUAUUGGAUGGCACCGGAAAUAAUUGAAUUGUCAGGUGCAACAACUUCAUCAGAUAUUUGGAGCGUUGGAUGUGUUGUGAUUGAACUUUUAGAAGGAAAACCUCCUUAUCAUCAUCUGGAAGCGAUGCCUGCUCUAUUUCGAAUUGUGCAGGACGAGCAUCCUCCUUUACCAGAAAGUGCUUCACCCAUU